AUGUUCCCCAUAAGAAAAGAAAAGCAUCUAGCCAAAAACUUAUUAGGUGUUGACAGUAAUGCAGAUUGUUUCAAAGUAGACAAAGAAGCCUCGACUAUUACAAUGAGUUCAUUUAAAGAGCAAAAUUUUGUCGGAGUGGACAUGCAUUUGAAGCGGGUUGAUGUGAUGUACAUGCAGUCAUGCACUCCCAAAACGGAACAUUUGCGCAAAUUUUACAUAAACGCAAUGGUAGAUGACAAGCACGAACGCAAUUCAAAAAAUACUGAGGAGGUAGAUGAAAGAAAUGAAGACAAGCAAGAAGCAAGGGGAGAAGAAAUUUUGUUUAAAAAUAUGAAACAUAAUAAUAACAAGCAUUAUGAAAACAGCAAAAUUGAUUCUUUAAAUAAUAAUAAUAGAACGGUUUCAAAACAAAUUUUUUAUAAUUUGAACUUCAAUAACUUCCAACGAGAUGCAUCGACAACAGAAAAUGAAAUAUUAUUGUGCAAGGAGCGACACAUGAAUGAAGAGAGCUAUCGUGCAAGCAAUGAUUUCUAUACAUGCAGCCAACUAAACUUUAGAGAAUCGACUGGCGAUGAUGAUGUGGACGAAAAAUGCUCGAAUCACACUUGCUACUCCAAUGAAAUUAUUGAGAACGAACUCAACAAUAUUAACAACAACAAUAACAUCAGUUAUGGUGUCGACAUCAAGUCUAUCUAUAUUAACAACGUUUGCCAUCCAGAUGAACAAACUCUUCGCAUAUCAAGACCAAACUUGUUAUCAUUUUCAUCAUUGUCGUCAUCUUCAUCACUGACAUUGCCUUCAUUUACACUCAUCGCGUCACCACAAUCAUUGUCGCCAUCUCACUCACCUAUACCAGGAUAUUUCUCGUCAUCAACAACGUCACCAUUCACAAACAACCUGUCUCAAACACCUAACGUGCAUACAAACAUUACCAAUCAUACAUUGAAACAAAGAGAGAUGAAUGUUGAGAAAGAAAUUGAAGAUGAUAAAAAUGAGAUAGAAAAUGGAAAAGAUGAAGACGAUGAAGACGAGGAGGAAGAAGAAGAGGAAAAAGAAGAGGAUAAAAAUAAAAAAGAAUACAACGAUAACAACGACGAAGAUGGAAAAAAUAAAGAAAACGUAAUUGAUGAUGGUUACAAAGAAGAUUUUCUCAAUGAUAAUAUUGAUGUCUUGGAUGUUCGUAGCUGCAUGAAAGUAGAUAGUGCUUGCGAAGAAGAUGAUGUUGAUGAUGACUCCGACUGUUAUGACGUUGACAUUGAUGAAGACGAUGACGGUGAUAAUGAAAUUGUUGCUGGAAAGCACCCCCCUGCUGAAGACGUGGGUGAAUCCAUGCGACCAGUAUAUUCAAACAUCCACAACAGAUUCAUUCAACAUGAGCUCCGUCUUAAUUUGAACAGCAACAAAAAAUGUUACAAAAAAAUUCGAAAAAAUUUUGCCAAGUUAAAUAACGUCAACAAUAAUGAAUCAUACAACUCUAAGAUGAAAAACAACAGAAAACAUGCUGUUUUUAAAAGUUGCAAUCAAGAUGUCUUCAGCAGAACAGCCGACGUUAUGAAUGACAACAAUACAAAAUCAAGUAACUUGCACAUGAAGAGCAUACCUGCUAACAAUUACAUAUUAAACAGGAACAGUGAUGAAGAACGUGAUGAUGUCACUCCCCUGUCAAUCCGAAGCAAACUCGCUAACUCGAUGACGUCAGGUUCACGUGACGAUGACGUAUCUUCUCAUUACUCUCCAUGCGAAGUCAUUCCAUCGUGGCCCUCCAUAUACAGAACAACAAGAAAGACGCGCGAGAUGUUGAAUAAGUUGGAGAUGAUGGUGAGGGCGCCGAUGCCUUGGGAGGCUGACGUUGUGAGUGGUCAACAUUUUUAUGAAAACGUUGCCGGCAAUUCUGAAUCGACGAGGAGCAACAAAGUUGACAAGUUGAAAAAGUGGAUAAGGCAACUAACAAGCCAUCUUGCCACCAGACAUAACUUUGAAAGAAACAAAAUAAAUAGAAAAUCAACUUUUCCCUUUUAUAAAAAUAAUCGUGAAUUCUCAAUCAACAGAAAUGAAAAUAAAAGUUUUAUAAGUUUAGAAAUGCUAAAGAUAUCCGAAAACCCCGACAAAACAUCUCUUGAAGCGACUUAUAGCGACUCCCCUAACAAAAACACACAUGUUACAGCUGCAACAACAAACAACAACAGCUGCAGAAACAAUGAAGUUACUAAUCGAAAUUUAAAAAAGAGCUUAACACCAAUUAACAAAAAAAUAUCAUUUUGCGAAACCUCUGAUGUGAACAUGAACACAUUUAACCCCGCUACAACUCUGUCAAAACUUCAAAAUAGCAACUGCAUCGACAAUUGUGUAAGUUAUGUAAAUCGCCAAAACAAUAUUAAAUUGCAAGACGUUCCAUUCAAGACAUACAACACAUUCAACAUAGACGCUAACAACAAAUUUAACUCUCAAAACAUUGAAGAAGCAUUAAAUUCUCCUCUACUACCUCCACACCCGACGACAAAUCCAACACGCCACCACGUUGAUAUGAAUAACAACAGAUCAUCCUUUAUCAACACUAUCAUCAAGCCGACAAACUAUGACUGCUACAAUCAUGGCGACAAACUUCGUAGAAACCAGAUUACUUCUAAAUCAAAUGCUUCAACGAGUUGGAAGUUUUCAAUGCACAAAUUUUUAUUCAAUUUUAACAAGCUGAAAAAUCAGAAUAACGAUGCCUCAUGUGAUAGAACAUUUCUUCGGAAGAAUUUAAACGAGAGCUUGCAUCGAGCAAAAUGUGAUGUUGUUGUGGAGUUGGCCGACCUGGCAACAAAAACUAAAUCAAACAAGAAAGUCGUCGUCGUGAAAAAGAGCAAGUGUCGCUACGGACGCAUAGAAUUCGAGGAGGAACUAGAAACUUUUGACGGCGAGAUAUCCAGGAUGUCCGAAAAGCGUCGACAAGGCGGGUAUAUAAAGACAUGCGAGACAUGGUUGUUGCUGAUUAGUUGA